AUGCCCUUCAAGAACCUCUUCAAAAAGUCGUCCCCCGCCCCGGACGAGACCAAAGACGGCGCAUCGUCGCCGUCGUCCCCGACCGAACCGAAGCGGUCGCUGUACCAGCGGUUCCGCGACUCCAAGACGGGCGAGAUCAGCGAGGAGGACGUGCUCAAGUACACGGGCAAGUCCAAGUCGCAAAUCAUGGAGUGGGCCAAGAAUGAGCCGGGCGUCGCCGGCAACCGCGCCGCCGGCACCCUCACGAUGGGCGAGACCACGGGCUUCGGCGGCCUCGCGACCGCCGAGGGCUACGGCGGCUGGGGACCAAACUCCAACGCGCCCCUCAAGUUCCCCCCCAAGCAGCCCGCCGGCAAGAAGGUUACCGACGAAGACAGCGACGGUCAGUGA